AUGGUGGAUCGCGGACGAGGCCGGGGCAACCGCAAACGCAACAAACGCAGCAACAACAGCAGCAACAACAACAAGCAACAUUCCAAAAAACCAAAUGUUCCUCUUCCAGCCCAAACCAAAUUGAUAUGGCGGAAUAUCCAUGGGGUGGAAAAGUAUGGAAGUGUCAAAGACGUCCUUGAAAUGGUCCAGAAUAUUGUCAAUGUCGCGAAUGAAAAGAAUGGGAAUCAAUAUCAUAUUGAAUUGGAUCGUUCGGCCAUGCGAUAUUUGAUUCAAGAAGAAGAGCUUUCCAAUAAGUAUCUACAAGAAUUCAAAGCAGCCCAAGAACAACAACAACAACAACAAGCUGCCAAGGAAGAAGAGGAAGAAGAAGGCAAGGAAGAAGACGAAGAAAACGAAGAUGGGGACGACGCCACUGCUGAGAAAGAAUCAUCAACCGAAGAGCCAGCCAACAACAAGGAUACAAUGCAAGAGACAAAACAGCAAGAAGAGAAUCAACUGGAUGUGGUGGUAGCUCCCAAACAACACUCUUCCAUUCCCUUGAUCACGGCUCGUCCAUUGUAUGUCAAUCCACCCCGCAAGACACGUCGUCAUGGAGACAAGGUGGGAUGUGCCUAUAUUCUCUUGACAGCACCCAAAAUUGAAAAAAUUGAAGUUCCGACUCCUGUUCCACCGGAAAUUGCGGAAGUCGAAGCGGUGCCGGAAGAGGAAGAAGAAAAAGUAGUAGUUAAGAAAGAAGAGAAAGGACAAGAGGAAAAAACUGCAGAAUUGCCAGUGCCAACUACUACGGAAGAAGAGGCCAAGCAGGAAGAAAAAGCCACCCAGUCCCCUAAAGAAACAAUCAAGGAAGGAGACAAAGAAGAACCAAAGAUGGAAGGAGAAACGGCAGCAUCCCCACCACCACAAGACCAAAAGCAGGCCGAAGACAACAAACAAAAACAAAAAGUGGUGGAUCAUCAAGCUGCCAUCAACAAGGCUCUAGCCGCCGAUUAUUCUACUGCCGUUGCCAAGGGUCGUUUGUUGGUCUCGCGUGCCAUUGAUUUCUUGGCCAGCAUUGCGGCUGAGGGACAAGAAUCACAACCGCAAUCACAAUCACAAAAUGUUGUUGGUAAUUGCCAGAUUGAACCCGCCAUGUCCGGCAAGACUUGGCGACACCAAUAUCGGCCCGAUCGACGGGAGGGUACAAUCGAAAGUACCAACGAGUACAAGAAUUGGUUGAACUCGCUGACCAAAAAGAAGGAAGAACUCGAGUCAAGACCCAAGCCAGCACCCGGCGGUGGGGCUGCCAACACGUUGGUAGGACUGGUGGCGGAUGGCGGUGCUGCUGGUCAAGAACAAGCGCAGCCUGUGGCAGCCAUUGUGCAACACUUACGGGACAAGCGACAAGAACUCAAACGCAAAAAGACCAAAAAGAAAAAGGACAAGAACGAAAAGGUCGGCGGUGGCAAAAACAAGAAAGAAAAAGGUGGAGCACGAGGAGGACCUGCAGGUGGUGGUGCUGCUGCCAAAAAGAAGAAGAAAAAGGGUGGCAAGAAAAACAAGGUUGCUGCUCUAGGUACCAUUGGUGGCAAAAAGCCGACUGCGGUGGUGGCACCGCCAACGGCACUCUUGAAGCCUGGUGGUGCCAGUGGUGGUAGUGUUACCCGCUAG